CGCCAGACAGGCAAAUGUACGGACGACUACCUAUAAAAAAUGAUCUGUGCCACUCCAGACCACCACGGAAAAUGGCGACUGUGAAGUAGAUGGAAGACGAAAUUCGAAAAUUAUCAAAUGCACGGCAUUCCUCGUCUCCAAUCUCCAUCUACACCUUCGGGAGGUCAUGGCAGCUGAAAUGUCCUGUCUGGCUGGUGUCGAUGGAGAUGAGAAAGAUUCAGAUGCUGACAUCGGAGUCCUCAGCCUUCUGCAAGAACCACUGAAAAUGGCAGAGGUAUCAACCACUUGCAAUGAUUCUUUUUACAAUGCUUCGGGAAAGCAGUCCAGUAUCCUGGACAAUCUGUCAAACGCUGACAUGUUGUCACCGGUUGGCCUGGGAAAUGGACUUUCUUUACACGAGGCAACACAGGCUGAAGAACUCAACAGCAUAUCCAUGGAUAAAGAUGAGGAGAAAAGCAUAACCCAGUUAAAAACUGUACAAGAAAUAGAUCCUUCUGGAAUUUGGGGUUUUGAUGAAGAAUCACCAAAGAACUCAUUAAAUGAAUUAAGCACUAUCAGCGACCUCCAAUGUGACCCCCGGAGAGAGUUUGUGCACUUUGUGUGGGAAAAUCACAAUGAUUCCUUUGCUCCAGAACCUAGAAAGGAAGUGCAGCUACUAAACACCCAGAGAAGAAGAAAACGAAAAAUGGACAUGGUUAUGAUGGUGGAUCCUUUAGAGGACCAAUGUUCCGAUUUUAUUCAGUAUUCAUCUGAGGCUUUUUCUGAUAAAGAAGACCACGUGGACGACAUUCCUCCUGAUGUCAAACAGUCAAGAACUUUCCCCAAUGGAACCAUGAACGUUAUCAAUAAAGUUGUUCGAAGACAUUCACAUGAGGACAACCCAAGUCGAGGGAUUUCAUCCCUUAAGGGAAGGUUCGCGUUAAAUUCUCAUUCUAAAGAGAAAGCGUUGCGUUACCCCUGCUCAAAAUGUAAGGUCGUGUUUGACAAGCGACAUCAUUUGCAGCGCCAUUUGAAAAGUCACGAAGAACCGGCCAAAAAUGCAAAUUCUGAGACUCUGAUAUGUAGAGAAUGCGGAGAGUCUUUCAGACAAAGUAGCGUACUCAUUGAGCAUCUAAGAUUGCACCAUGAAAAAAGAUCAACACUCCCCAAUAAACUCAAAGGAUGGACGGAUAGUAAUGAUACUGAUGCCAAGCUUUUCUGCCCUCAAUGUCCGUUCGGAACAAACUGCCCCAAAGCAUUUGUUCAGCAUGCACAAACUCACGCGAAGGACAAGAAGAAUUUUAAAUGUGACAAAUGUAACUUCAGGACGGUGACUUGGCACGAUCUUCGGAUACACAUCAUACAGCACACAAAAUACACAGUUAGAAAUCAGAAAUCGCCGCACAGGGCCGAUGACUCGGACAUCUUCUCAUGUAAUGUUUGUCCUUACAAAGCUUUCAGCAAAUCUGUUUUUCAAAAUCACCUUUGGCGUCGCCACCAGCUAGAAUUGGAGGAAUACGAAGCCGAGCAAUUUUCAGAGAAAAACGCACAACAGUCUGAAGAAGAUUACCCUCCUCAUUGCGCACCCGUGGAAGACGCAGAGUUAACGUCCAAAAUCAUGAUCAAGAAUCAAGUUCCUUCAAAAAGACCUUCUCCAGCUCAGUCAAAUGACAUUUCAGACUUAUUUAAAAGUAACAAACUCAAGAGAGGUUUUAAGUCCCAACUCACAGAAUCCAAACUGGACAAAUCCAUAAACGUUCUGCUAUCACGACAAAAACAUCGUAAGACUGCAGAACAGAGGAAUUCUGCUCAGGAGUCAGCUAGUGAACAUAAAGUUGCAUCUCCAGGAUUAGAACCUUUAUCACCAAAUGGCUUCACAGGAUCAUCCCGUGAUGCUGAAAGACUUCCUAACAGAAGCAGUUUGCCCAACUGCAUCCCCGUCAAGAAAUCCCCAUCAAAAAGAAAGAUGUCAACACCGUACCGCAACAUGUCUGACCAAGAUUCGUGCUUCGUCUCGCCAGAACCUUUGCCAGCCCCUAAGUGGCUAAACCAGAAAGACCUGCAGGACUGCGACAACAAAGAUAUUUUCCGCUUUAAAGAUACAGACGAUCUUAGAAAAGGUGUCAAUCAAGAAAAUCAUAAUAUGAUUUAUACUUAUAGCCGAAGAAUGUCAAUACGUGGCGCUCUGGAGGCAUCGAAGAGACUCUUUAAGAAAGUGAAGAGUGAAGAGCCAGAUGAUGCAAACCCUCCAAUAAAAGAAGAAUGCAUUGAAACUGAAGUGUUUCAAGAAGCCUUUGAGUCACGCCAGUUGCCGUUGAUGGAAUCUUUAGCAGACGACAUGCCAAAGCUGGACAUGGACUGCAAGAACUGUCCGUACUGCCCUGCUGUCUUCCAGUCGGGAGUGGGAUUGUCCAAUCAUGUGAGAGGACAUCUUCACAGGGUUGGACUGACCUACACGGCACGCCAUAUACUGACCCCAGAACAAGUGGCUUAUAAAGAUAAACCGAAGGUUCGGCAGAAGAUCGCAUCAUUCCGGAAACUGAAAAAAGUGUUGCAGUUGCAGCCUGACUUUGAGGAAAGCAAUACCCACUCCUGUCCAUUAUGUGGGGAUGCGUUUGAUAAUAGGAAAGGACAAUCCAACCACGUACGUGGCCACCUCAAAAAGAUUGGUCGAGCCCAUUUAUCAAAGAACAAAUCCCCAUUAAUAGUACUCAAGGAGCUGAUGUGUAACAAAAAAGAGUACUUGAGGGCCGUUCAUAUUCUAGGAAAGAGAAAAAAUAAUUUCCAUUAUGGUGCUAAUCAUUUCACGCCAUCCUCCUUUGGAUUCUCUCAAGAUAACCCUGACUCAAAGGUGCGUGCUGAUGUCAAACCACACAUGCCUACGCUAUCGGUGUCGGAAACAAACUCCGAUAGAAAGCAACUGCAAAUGAAGGUAGAGGAGCGAAAUUCAUUCACGGACACGACCGCGUUAAUAGGGAUUCUGAAGAAAAGAAAAUGCCAGGAAGACACCAAACCUAAGGUGGCGUACCCUUCGUCCAAGUACUCGGGAACGGUCUCCUCCAACGGUGAACAAAGUUCAGGACCAAAAGUUGCGUCUUCACUGCCAAUUCCAGUACCAGAGAAAGGUGAAUUCAACCGGAAGGUGUGCGUCCAUUGCAAAGCAACUUUUCACAGUGGCGUUAGCCUGUCUAACCAUCUGCGAGCAUGUGCCAAACGGAAAAGAGCGUCUUUGCUUGAGAGAACUGAGUUCGAUUGUAAAGCGAGGAGGCAGCGUUUGAGGACCAGCUCAAAGAAGAAAAUGCUUACGUUAACACAAACUCCAGAGGAAAUGUACAGACUGACAUGCAGGUUCUGCGACCUGGUCUUCCAGGGUCCCUUGUCUGUCCAAGAGGACUGGGUCAAGCAUUUACAGAGACACAUCAUGAACACUGGUGUCCCCCGCACUGGGCUUGGCAUGAUGGAGGUGACUUCGCCACCCGCCGCCGACACGGCUUCUUGCGUCAAGACUGAUCCGGAGACCGCGCACCCCGCCGCCUCCUGAAGACCGACGGGCAACCUUUUGGGGUUAGAUUUUCACUAGACUCUGUGUAUGUACAUUUUUCCACGUUUUUUUACAAGUACUGGCCAAACGUAAACUAUUGCUCAUUGUUAAGAACGUUGAAUAUUUUGGAAACACCCGGCCCUGUUUUUCUCCCCCGUUUUUACGUCAGCCGGCAUUUUGGAAAACACUUCCAAACGGGACCGUUUUGUUUCAUGCAGUACGUGUCUUUUGAAGACAACUUUUACCUCAACCUUUUUAACAAUUUGGGAGCACCUCUACUGUAUCCGUUCAUAAGAUAAGGGGGUUAAAUAGCUUUUCUACUCCAUUGUUAUCAACCCAGUUGCAUUUUUUUUUGCACCAUAGAAACUGAGUAUUUCAUUCUUAGAAAGUCUGCAAACAAAAAAGUGGCAGGAACAAAGUUUUGAGCCGUCAGAAACUGAGUCUGAAUUUCCAAACUUGAAUUUGAAAUGCUUGAAUAAUUGAAAUAUAACACUGGAUCUGAAUACAGGGAGGCCUUGGGUUCUCGAUCUGCAGAAUCAACUUUUGACGUCACAGAAACCGUUCAAAUACAGUCAUGGCAAAAAAAUUAGGACACCCUAUGGAAGCCUUUGUGUUUUCUAACAUAUUUGGUUAUAUGGAUAUUUAAUAUACAUUUUAGCAAUCUUGAGAGAUUCAAGUAAUAGAACUAAACAAUUAAAACAGGAAAAAAAAGAUUUUUCAUAACUUUCUGUAAAAUGUCAUUUUAAAUAAAUGCAAUUUCGGUUGAGGAAUAAAUUAGGACACCCUCACAUUCAAUCCCAGUCAAAACGGCUAAAAUCACACACACAGUUGUAUCACAUCAGGUGAACAUGAAUAGAACACCAUUACCCAUUGUUUUGAAGGAGGCAUUCACAUUUAGUUUGGUGUGCCCCUGACUGUUGAAGUGAGAGAAAACACCAUUGUGAGAUCAAAGGAGCUGCCUGAGACUUUCAGAAAGAAGAUUUUAGAUGCUUAUGAGUCUGGUAAGGGAUUUCAAAAGAUCUCAAAAGAAUAGAAAAUCGGCUAUUCCACUGUCUGGAAAAUAGUCUACAAGUAGAGGACAUUCAAAACAACUGUCAACAUGCCCAGUUCUGGCCGUCCAAGCAAGUUUACCCCGAUAGCAGACCGCAAGAUGCUAAAAGAGGUCUCCAAAAACCCUAAAAUGUCAUCACGGGACGUAAAGCAGGCUCUUGCCAUUGUUGAUGUGAAAGUGCAUGCUCUACAAUCAGAAAGAGACUUCACAAGUUUAACCUUCAUGAGAGGUGUGCAAGGAGGAAACCUUUGCUCUCCAAGAAGAACACCAAGGCCAGACGGACGUUUGCCAGAGUGAAUGUAGACAAAGACCAGGACUUCUGGAAUAAUGUUCCUUGAACAGAUGAAUCUAAAAUUGAAUUAUUUGGACACCAGAAAAGAGGAAAGUUUGCCGUAAACCCAGUACAGCAUUCCAGGAAAAGAACCUCAUACCAAGUGUGAAGCAUGCAGGUGGAAGUGUCAUGGUUUGGGGAUGCUUUGCUGAAGCAGGACCUGGCCAGCUCACCAUCAUAGAAUCCACUAUGAAUUCUAUCGUGUAUCAGAGUGUGCUUGAGGAAUAUGUGAGAUCAUCUGUGAAAAAAUUUAAAGUUGAAGCAAAACUGGACCCCGCAUCAUGACAAUGACCCAAAACAUACCAGUAAACCCACCAAGGAGUGGCUGAAAAGGAAGAAAUGGAGAGUCCUGGAAUGGCUGAGUCAGAGCCCAGAUCAUAAACUCACUUAGAUGCUGUGGGGUGACUUGAAACUGGCUGUACAUCCAAGAAACCCCUUAAACAUCUCACAUCUGAAAGUAUUCUGCGUUGAGGAGUGGGGCAAACGUUCUUCAGACCGAUGUCAAAGACUGGUAGAUGGCUACAACAAGUGUCUAGCUGAAGUUAUUUCAGCCAAAGGGGUUAACAUUAGCUAUUAGGUGGUAGGGUGUGCUAACUUUUUCCUCAGUUAGAAUAUGCAUUUUUGUUUAUAUAUUUGGUUUAAUGAGUAAAACCAUGUUCAUUUUUGUUGUUUACCUGCAAUUACAUAACUUUUUCUUCCAGAGACAAAGAAAAACAAGAUCAGACAUUGAUAUGUGAACAUUUCAUAAUCAAGAACUGAAUAUUUAAUGGGGUAUCCUAUUUUUUUCACUUGACUGUAAAUGUGAACUGCUUUCCACAAAAACUUAAAAGCAAAGCUUGUUUGCUAUUUUUUAAGAAAGAAACAUUUUAGGUUGACUAUUUCUGGUCAUUGUAGCGAAGUACCCGUAUCGUGUCUUAAAAAUAUAGUCAAAUUGUACCGUGAUAUCUGAACGUGAAAAAUUAAAGGAGUCGGAAUUUCUUUUUUGUGAAGGUGAAGUAAAAUUGGAGAGAAUGUCAUCAUGAUUAUAAAACUUCACAUUGUUUCCAAUUAGAUGGAAGAGAGUAAUAUAUUCCAUUUCAAAUCGAAUUGGGUUUCAAUGGAAUGAUUCAAAUCAAACAAUAUUUUCAGAUUACGUUCUUUGUGUAGUUUAAUAUUUCAACUAUUCAAGUGAAGCAAUUCAUUUUCUGAUGUCACAAAUAUUAGCCAUUACGUUUAUUUUGUAAUGCAACAAAUGAAAUUUGUUUAAAAAACCUGACACAAAUCCACGUGUUCUUCUCCCAGCUACGAUAUUUAAUGAUUAAAACAGUUUUUACAUAAUUUAAUUUUGAAAUGUACUAUAUCACAAAUACAAGGCUUAAUACAUUUGUGUUCUAAAUAAUAAAAAAAAACAAGUUGACAGUCACUUGUGUAUUUUUUGUUGUUGUUUUUGUUUGUGUAACGAUGUCUUUAAGAGCUGAAACAUUUUUAGUGUACCGGCUCCUUUUGUGGAUGGUGAGAAGGUGUUAUUUGGAACAUACAGCUGGACAUAGAGUAAAUAAAACAUGUUUGAAUUAAACGUUUAUAGGGCAGAUUU